AUGACAAGAACAACCAAAUGGACAGAACAUGAGGGAAGACCUGAUCCAAAAUACUUUACCCACAAUGGUCAUUUUGGUGAAAAUCCAUACAACGUAAAGAAACAAGGUUACGGUAAAGGUAAUUGGGGCAGACCAGGUGAUGAGAUUGAAGAUUUGAUUGAUGACGGUGAAAUUCCAGAAGUCUUCAACAAAUCGAGAAGAGGUUCUAAUGUUCAAUCGAACGAGAAAAAGUAUGGUAAGUUACAACACAUUGGUGACGCAUGA